AUGAAUCUUAUUUACCAACAUAUCUUAAUUGUGUACCCUAAAGCUUUACGUCUCCGUUGUGCCCUCCAUUUUGAAUGACGCACUGGCACGUAAAUAAUCCGUAAGCGCAAAUAGCCGUUAAUGAGCUGUAGUGAAAAUAACGGUUUUAACGUUUUAUUUAUAUGUCGGUGGGUUUUACGCGCCUUUGGGACGACUACUCGGAUUUAAAGAGGUGAGUGAAAUUGAAAUAAUUUCAAAUGAGAACAUUCAGGCAGGUACGAGCCACCUUUUUGGAAAUGUUGUCCUUCUAGAGAUGUCAGACCGAGUUCAGAACGCCACCACCCGUGCUUCGCUCCGUAAACGCGUCACCUUUAAUAUGAACAGCAACAAGGUGUACAUAGCAGGGAGCCAUGUCCCCUCAACUCCAGAAACUUCUGCAGACGCUGAAGGGGUCAUUAAAGUGACCGACGAUCAGAGGAAGACCCACGUGGACGUGUCCGAACCAAACACAAGUUGUAAAAAUGUCUCUUGUUCUGUUUUUAGAAAUGUUUCCUUGUUUUGCAUGCCCACAUGUGCAACCUCCUCCUCGCCAACAAAGCACGUUUGCACUUCAGGUUCGGCCCUCUCAGCUCCAAAAUCUGCACCAGUGCAUCUGCAGAAAAGUGAUGCUGCAUCCAAAGAGUGGAAGAGCGCUGUGGGCUCUACAGCCGAGUCUGAAGUCUGUAACAAAACAGCACCUUGCUCCAAAAUGGAGAAACUCCUAGAUGUGAGACAGACGUCUGUAGCCAGCGCUAACACAGCUGAGCCGCCAGUUACACACCCACAUCCUGGUGUGACAAGCUCACUUCCUGCUCCUUACCUGAACAUCAUACCUGUCGGCACCAAGGCGCCACAGAAAGGUCGUUGCUGCAAGCCUGCAGGUCAAACGGCACAGAGCGGUAAUCUUCCUGCUAUUGGCUUAAGCCAGCUGGUCAUAGUGCUGUGUGAGGAAAAGAGGCAGGUGUUUUGUCGGCUGUGUUCAGUCAAGCUGAGUAGCUCGAGUCACAGCAGAAGCAUCGACCACUGCUUUAACUACGUGAAAAUGAAGUAUCCUGGAUGGACGGCGUCGCAGGUGGAGAAGGAGCUGAGCAGCGUAGUGGCUCCUUUAGCUGAGCUCGAGAGACGUCUUAAAUAUCUGCACCCUCAGAAAAUAGAAGUAAACCGGGGCGUGUACUGGUUCCUGGCUUCUCUCCCAGAAGACAAAGCUGUGGAGACGGUGAAAACGCUGCUGAGACAAACGCGUCCUCGUGUCUCGUCGUCCACGGGCGACACCGCUGAGACUUUGGGACUUGAAGUUUCAAGCUCAGACGACGGCGUACGUGUGUUUGAUCGUGAAGUCUCCGACGUUUGUGAUAAGCAAAUACAGACGGAUCUGAUCCAGAUAACAGAAAUGUUGAAGGAGGACGACCGUCCGGGGGAUCUUCAGAGGUCAGAUGAUCCGAUUCAGGAACCUCGCUCUUGUGUUAGCAGCGAUCAAGUUAAUCCAGAUCCAGUUCCGGGUGUUCAAGAUGAAGAAAUGAUAGAAACCGUCCAGCAGGAUUCCUUUGAUCCAGAUGCAGAAGUUAAAGACGACGUCACCGACGUGUCUGGGACUCCCCGUAAGUCCCCGACUCCCUUCCACAUCUCAGAAGAAGCAGAAACCCUCGUCGGUCCGGGGCGAUGGCGUCCACCUGCUGCUGAAACACAACAGUGGAAGAGAGAUGUGCGCCAACUGGACGAAGAACUCCUCACAAGACCACAAAAGGUUCCACGUUUUCAAACCUGCGGCCUGCAGCCGCAAACUUGUGCUGAAGCAGGACAGCAGAGCCCGUCAGGACCGAGCUACAGAGCAGAAGUAGCUCCGGAACAAGGAGCAGAACCCCGAGGACAAAGAGCAUCACAGGAAGGACCCAGAGCUUUAUUAGGGGGAAAAGCUCCGAGCUGCAGCCAUUUGUCUUUCUACCUAACAGCAGGCGGAUGUGGCUCCAGACCCGUCGUCGGUGAGCGUUUAUGUAAACACACCACCACCCGUUCCACGCAGGCACGUUUACACGGUGUGUGUUCAUCAGGCAUGGCCUCCGUGUGGGAGUGCCGGGGACUUUCUCAGGACACUUUCUUCCUGUGUGAAAGCUGUGAGGACAUCCUGUCCCACAGAGACAUCUGUCUGCAUCUGGUCAGCCGGGAUCACCAGCUCAACUACCUGUGGAGGGAACGUCCCGAGGUUCUGGAAACGUUCUGGCCGAGGGAGGAUCUGCCGUCAGAGCUGAGAAAGGAAAUUUUAAACCGCGUCGUUUGGGAAUUUGCUGUGUGGGAGCGGGACAGGGUGGACACGCCGUGUGUGCUGCUGGAACAGGAGCUCCAUCAGUUCGUUAGGACAGCUCACUACAUCGAAGGUACUGGCUUCUCGUUCAGAGUCUAUGAGGGAAACGGACUAAUUUGUGUUAAAUGUGCCUUUUUAGCUCUUAAUAUUUUGAGAUUCAUCACAAAUGAAGAGACAAGUGUCCGCCUGUCCAACAGAACCACACACCAGAAAAGCACGGCCUCUGCGUGGGAGUGUCGAGGACUUUCUCAGGAGGACUCCAACCUUCAGUAACUUGGUUAAAAUCGACUCGCUGCGAGAUUCUGUUCGUUUGUUUGCAUCUAAAGAAACAAGCAAGUUAAAAAAUAUUUUUGCACGUGGAAGCUUUUAAUUUGAGGUCUCGUUAUUUUGCAGUUUCGCACCUUGACCUCCAGUCAAGCGGUGGCAUCCAGGAACCGUUCUCACGGUUGGUUUCCAGUUGUGCAAGUUAGGAAUCUGCGACAUGGAUAAAUGUUUCUGUCUGAACUCAACAGUUCUCAGGAAACACAAGUAACGCUGCAACAGAGCGACUGAGAGCUGCGUUCCACUACUAUGUGGAACAGCAUGCACCGCUGCAGGAUUGGAAUGCAGCCUUUGUUCAGAAACCACGUAUGAAGUUAUGUUCCUGUUUUUGUUCGUCGGGAGGAUUUUUUUAUUUGUACUAAUAAAUGAGAAGAGUUGUGCAGUCAGCUCAGAUGGCUUUUCUCAACCUUC